CCUGCCCGGACCCGGCGGCGGACGGCGGCUCCCGACUCCGGAAAGCGAAUCGCGGAGCGGACGAGCCCGGGCGCGCCGGCCAUGGCCUCCAACUUUAACGACAUAGUCAAGCAGGGCUACGUGAAGAUCCGCAGCAGGAAGCUGGGGAUUUUCAGACGAUGCUGGCUGGUUUUUAAGAAGGCCUCUAGCAAGGGACCCAGAAGGUUAGAAAAAUUUCCAGAUGAAAAGGCAGCUUAUUUCAGAAACUUUCAUAAGGUAACUGAAUUGCACAAUAUCAAAAAUAUAACCAGACUGCCUCGAGAGACAAAGAAGCAUGCAGUGGCAAUUAUCUUUCAUGAUGAAACGUCGAAGACAUUUGCCUGUGAAUCAGAGCUGGAGGCCGAGGAGUGGUGCAAGCACCUCUGCAUGGAGUGUCUGGGGACCCGGCUCAACGACAUCAGCCUCGGGGAGCCCGACCUGCUGGCGGCCGGAGUGCAGCGGGAACAGAACGAACGAUUCAAUGUGUAUCUUAUGCCUACACCAAAUCUGGAUAUUUAUGGUGAAUGCACAAUGCAGAUCACUCACGAGAAUAUCUAUCUCUGGGAUAUCCACAAUGCCAAGGUCAAACUGGUGAUGUGGCCUCUCAGCUCAUUGAGGAGAUACGGUCGGGACUCGACAUGGUUCACGUUUGAGUCAGGAAGAAUGUGUGACACAGGAGAAGGACUAUUCACUUUUCAAACAAGGGAAGGAGAAAUGAUCUAUCAGAAGGUCCAUUCUGCGACACUGGCCAUAGCUGAGCAACAUGAAAGAUUAAUGCUAGAGAUGGAGCAGAAGGCCCGGCUUCAGACAAGCUUGACUGAACCAAUGACAUUAUCCAAAUCAAUAUCUCUUCCUCGUAGUGCAUACUGGCAUCACAUCACUCGUCAGAACAGCGUUGGAGAAAUCUACAGUUUGCAAGGCAAGUGACUUUAAAAUAGUAAAGUG